GUCCAAGUCCACAAAACGCCAUGACACUCACCAGGCUCCUCCAGGUUGCUCAGCGAGUCUAGUCAUGUAUCCAAAGAACGUCCGAUGUUUGUGUUUGGGUUUUGUAAUCGUGUUGGUGUUCCAGUCGUGCAAGAGUGAACGAACGGACUCAGAAAACUGUGAAGUUAGCGAAGGCGAAGACAUUCGCCAUGGAAGUGACAGACCUGUGGAAGUAGAGAAGAGAUACUAUUUCGCCGUGGGCUCAGUUCCUCUGGGAAGUUCUUACGCUGCCCUACCCGAACCAUACAACUGCACAGCUAACCAAACAUGUGAGGUAGACAGUGACUGCAAGAAGUGUUUCCCGAAUCUGGAAAUGGCUUUUCAAUAUGGAAUUGACGACGUUGCAUUUGGACCUAUUUGUCAAAACGACACAAGACAAAACUUGUCCGAUGAACUCGAGGGGCGCUGCAGCUGUGGUGUCGGAAGAUGUUUCUCUUAUAGCACGGACAGAGCGACCGGAAAGCAAUUCUACUAUUGUGGUCAAUGUGGAUACGUUGGGGCAAGUUGUGCUGUUCACCGCUGUAUUCAUCCUUUGUCUGAAUGCCGCAAUGGUUUCUGUGAAUGCAUCGAGCAAGGGAUCUUCUACAACUUGGCGUUCUGCUACAUUCCUUACUUCGGGGCGAAAGUCAUUGUCCAGAUGUUCAUUAGCACACUCAUCAUUGUCUCUCUGUGUGGCGUCCUGGCUUACAGCUACCACAGAUUAUCAAGCUCAAGGAGAAGAUACUUCAGACGAUUCAACUCGUGGCGAAGAAGCAGCGUCGUGCGAGAGAGCCCGCCAGAGGACACGCCUCCCACAUACGACGACGUGGUGGAAAAAGUACCGUCUUACCAGGACGCUUUGGAAAUGGAAAAUAGCACCCUGCAAGGCAACGACAACCCAGCCUUCGAGGACGACGAAGAAGGGCCACCGCCUUCCUAUGAGGAAAGCGCCGUCCACGGCGUCAAACCCUCAGGAGAUCCGCCUUCGGGAGGAACCAGCGCCGAUACAAAUAGAGUCGCGUCACUCGAAGACAACGAUCAACCAAGAGUCCAUUCGACGUCGGACGACCUGCCAAUCAGCCCAGCAGUUUCUGACGAGCAACCCAUUGAACAGCCUAUACGAGACGCCCUUGGCGAAUAUAGGCGGCAGUAGAUUACUGGCCCAUUACGGGCUGCUCUAGGAGCAAGAGCCCGUGCUGGCAUAAGGCCAGCUAAAUCUAAAAUAACAGCUACUGGCCCAUGCGCAUAUGCACGUUUGUUACACGCAUGUGGAAAAUUGCUGAUAGAUACUGAAAACUUUCUUCUACCUCAUCUCAGAUGACCGAAGUAAAUACUGUAAGGAUUGCAUAUGCAGAAAAGGCCAAGGUGCUCUUUUCGAUACCUGUAACCUCCCUUUCAUUAUUUUAUUCUUGCGAUGAUAAACACCACUUUAUUUAUUUUUAAUCUGGUUACUCUUGCUUCCCUGCUCACUUAUAAACUUUAGCUCGUUAAGGACCUUUAGUUUUAGUCUUGUCGCCAUCAACAUUGAAUUAAAAUAAUGUAGACUUUAGAUAUAUUCAUCAGGAUCACCUGUACAUACAACGAAUAAAACUGAUAUGUCAUUCCUUCGUUACUUCCGUGGACAUAUUUUAUAUUGUU